AUGAACCUCCUGCUCUCAGACGACUAUCUGCUUCAGGAUUACCCGGAAAGCAUCACAAAUACGAUCCGAUCCGGCCAUGCGACCAUGCUGCGCUUCAACCGCAAGGGCGACUAUCUGGCCUCGGGCCGCGUCGACGGCACCGUCGUCGUCUGGGACCUCGAGACAAUGGGCGUCGCCAUGAAGCUGAGAGGCCACAACAAGAGCGGGUGGAAGGCCAUUCUCUGGGACCUCCAGGACGGGAAGCGCUUGCGCGAGGUGCGCUUCCGUGCGCCCGCGUACAUGGCGGAGCUUCAUCCCUGGAAUCACUUCCAGUUCGUCGCCUCUCUCUUCGAAGAGCAGCCCGUCCUGGUGGACAUGACCGAACCCGUCGACGUAAAGCACGUCUUGCCCUCGGCGCCGAAGCGAGAGAAUACCGAAGCCGAUGCGGCCUUGAAGGAGAAACAGGCAAAGGAGGACGCCAAGCAAAUGACGACUUCGGCAAUCUGGACGGCAGCCGGCGAUCAUGUCAUCGCGGGCACGAGCAAAGGCAGGCUCAACAUCAUCGACGCCAGGACGCUCCAAGUCGUUUACUCGGGAAAGAUUUGCGGAGGAGUCAUCACUACAAUGCGCAUAACAAGCUCAGGCAGGGAGCUGCUGGUCAAUUCGCAAGACCGCAUUAUCCGCACCUUUAGAAUACCCAACCUGUCAGUAGACGACCUGGACCCCGAUACGCUGCAGGUGCCCCUGGAGCACAAGUUCCAGGACGUCGUCAAUAAGCUGUCAUGGAACCAUGUCACCUUCAGCGCCACCGGCGAAUACGUGGCUGCCUCGACGUAUAACAAUCAUGAGCUCUACGUAUGGGAACGGAACCACGGCAGCUUGGUGUGCAUGCUCAAAGACCCCAAGGAGGAGCAGGGAGUCAUAGAAUGGCACCCGACCCGCGCGCUUCUGGCAGCAUGCGGCCUGGAAACGGGGCGAAUAUACAUAUGGUCAGUCGUCAGCCCUCAGAAGUGGUCAGCGCUGGCGCCCGACUUUGCAGAGGUCGAAGAGAAUGUCGAGUAUAUGGAGCGGGAGGACGAGUUCGACAUAUACGCGCAAGAGGAGAUUCAACGGCGGCGGCUCGACGCGGAAGACGAGGACGUCGACGUCCUGACGCUGGAUCCGUCCAAGUUUGACGACGACGUUGACGAGUUUUGCAUGCCGAUUCUGUUCAAUCUGGGCGAGAGCGAUAGCGAGGAUGAGUUUGUCGCCGUGUCCACGGGAACCAUGCGGCGCAGGAGUCCCGGCGAGGGCCAGAGCGACGUCGACGGAGGCGCCGACGCGGUGCCCGCUAAUAAAAAGGGCGGCGGCGGCUCAGGCAAGGGAGGGAGGAGUAGGAAAAAAUGA